GGUUUAUCCUGGGUUGUGAAUGCAGGCACAGGUUGUAGGAGUGCCAGGACAGUGGGAGAGAUACAUGGUGGAGAUGUCCCAGAAUAUGUAGAGUGACAAAUUGGGGGGUUUUUUGGAACAGGACAAUGAACUAGGAGAGGGGUGUCCCAGGACUUUUUAUAGGGGAACAGCUUAGUGGGGGUGUCCCUGGACUUUUUAUGUGUUUGUAUGUGUGUGUAUGUGUGUGUUUACUCAAGGUAUCCUGGAACUCUGGGACCACAUAGUUUUUUCUUGGUGGAGAAUGGACUUUGGGCCUUUGGCAUAAAGAAGCUUCCAGGGAAAAGUACUUAUCAUAUAAGUGCUCUGGCCCCAAUUCUGCAGUACAUUCUGUGGCUUCAGUCCCUGAGCCUUGGUGAUGUCAAGCCAGUUGCAGUGCUUCACUCAUGUUCCUCCUCCCAUGUCCUUCUUGACUCAUGCCUCUGUAGCCUUAGAAAUAAGGAAUCUUGGACAGCUGUCUUUUUGUUUCUAGAGAUACAUCUGUGUUUAGGCAAAUCUAGUCUACAAACCUUGAAUUUAUUCAAAAGCUUAAGUUAGGGUUUUUUUUUUUUUUCUUAAACAUUUAAUUUUCCAAUUGAUUUACCUUAGGAUUCUUUGAGAGAGCAAUUUCCUAGCGUAUUUAAAACUAGUCUGUUCACAGAAAAUCAGCUAAAGAAAUGUUGAGUUAAAUUGUCUACUAUGCUCAGAAAACUGUGUUGUGGGAAAUAGAAGAAUAGGACAAGGCCCUUAACCUUCAAGGAACCUUGUCUAUCUGACAAGAUGAGACAUUUACCUGUUAAAUAGGUAAAUAACAAUAUGGAACAAAACUGACAAGCACCUGAGUGGCAGAGCUAUUAAAGUGUACAGAGGCCUUCAGGCUAGGGGAAGGUAAUGAUAAGGACACAGCCCCUUUCAGCUUACUAAAUGCUUAAUAUCUAUGUCUUCAUGAAGAUUUAGAAAGGCCCCUCAGCUAAUUAAUGGCAGAUUCUGGUUUAAAUUUUAGGAAUUGAUUCCCCCAGGUUUACAUAAGAGUCAUUUGGAGUUAUGUCUCUUUGGAUUACUUGAGAGAGUGAAGCACAUUGCUUUCUGACUCGUGGUUCGAAUUAAUGUAGAAUAUAUAUCCAUAAAACCACCCUGCUACAAAAUGUUAGUUUAUCUUAGCAGAGCUCUGUUUUGGGAAUAAUGUCUUACCAGAGACCCUUAAGAUUUGAAGUUUGGAAUGAAAAGGUCCGAAGAGAUUGUCAUUAAAAUAGAAUGGUUUUAGGGAAGACUGUUGCCUAAUGUCUAGGCCAUUGCUCUUGUUCUUCACUAUCUAACAUAAUGGGACCAGGCCAACCGACUCUUACCUGUGUUCAUCUAAUGUCCAAUACCCAACUAGAUGGAACAAGUCACCUCAGGAAACUUCAGACCCAGAACCAGCUGCAGUUUAAUAGAAAUGUUCCUCCACAUUCAAGCAACUUGGCAAUCCAAUAUUCUUGCCCACAUGCAAUUAGAAUUGAAAAACUGAAGCACUCGUACAAUGAAUCAUAUCAUGGUAAAGAUGCAGAUUUUAGAGUUGGUCCUGACCUGAGCAGUUCUGUUUCAUUUUCCGUCAUAUCAGAAGAGAGACUUAGCUAUGCUGUCCACCUAGCCAGAAGAGAUGUGAAGCGAAGACAAUUUGAAGAACACAUAAAAGAACAUCAUCUCAAAAGUCAACCCCAAAGCACUCAGAAAUGUGGACAUACUAAAUGUAAAAUAUCUGAUCACAAGGUAGAGAGGAAAAGCUCAAAGGGUCAAGAAUUCUGUCAGUGCAGCCACCAGCCAUCCAAAGUAGGAAUUUCCAGCUCAGGUGCCAAGGUGUAUGUGUACACAUCUCAUCCAGGACGUUCAGAUCUUACCUUGCCAAAUUCACCACCCACCCGUGAUCCAGGCCUUCAACCACAACCCAGGAUAGGUGACCACAAAAACUUAUGUGAACAGAAAAGUCUGCUAGAAGUUCAGCGACUCCAGAAAGAAUUGAGCAGUUGUAUCCAUAAAAUUGAAGAGGUAACUAAAAAAGAUAGAUUAGAAGAAGCAUUGGAUCCAGAUGAAGAGCGGCGAAUCCGUGUCAGGAGACAGGAACAAGCUGUUCGUUGUGCACGAAUGCUUUAUGUCCUCCAGCAGCAGGUGAAAGCAAUCCAGGAAGAAUUGGAUAAAUUGAGUCCACAUAAAAUUAAACACACUAAAAAGUCAUGGGCAAUGUCUAGGCUGGCAGCUGCCCAUCGAGGAGCCAUUCGGGCCUUACAGAUGUUUGUCACUCAGUUUACCGACCGAGGGGAACACCCAGUUUCUGCUCGGUGUAAGGAACUGGGCAGCCUUAUUCGCCAACUUUCACUGUGUUCUGCCAAGCUGGAUGCAGAUCCUUCUGUUCCUGAUGUGGUUAUAGAUAUCCUGCAACAAAUUGAGGCUUUGGAAUCUCUCCUGGAAAAGAAACUAUCUCCAAAAAAGGUGAAGAAAUGUUUCAGUGAAAGUCAAAGAUUUCCUACUAGUAACCAGAGGACAUUAGAGAAAUGGCCAGGUACAUUGCCAAAGAGUGAGAGGAGACCCUUCAUAUCAAAAGAGACAUUGCCACAGGAAACAGUUCGACCUUUGGUGGCAAAAAAGUUUCUUGCUGAUAAGUAUCAGCCAGAUGCAGAGUUUCCAGUGACCCAGAGGUUGGAGAGGGAGCUUGAUGUGUUAGAUGUGGAUAUCCUUCCUGAAGAAGUCCCAUUAAUUGUAAACCAAAAUGCAAGCUUCAAAGAUGAGGCAUUAACCCUAGCGAAAACAGGAGCAGUGAAAACAAAGCCUAUGACUGAGUAUGUGCCAUUUAGGAAGAAAGAUACUCUGGAGCCGGCAAAACUACAGCAAGGACUCCAUAAAGCUGAAAGAAAUAGACCAAGCCACCCUCACAACAAAAGCAGGUUGCAGCAGACAACAGUUUCAUCCAGAUUAAAAAUGAACCGACAGCCUUCAAAAGACCAUAAGGCUCCCUGGAUACCUCCAAACCCUACAUCCCCACCAGCAUCUCCUAAGUGUGCCGCAUGGCUAAGGGUGAAAUCUAGCCCCAGAGAUGCUGUAAGAGAACAGUCUCUCCAACAAGAAGAUACUCAAGAGGGAAGUCAGUUGAGUGUUGUUGAGCACAGAGCAGAUAGGCUUGCUUGGCUUGAUACUGAGUCUUCCAAAAGAUUGAAGGAACUAAAAGAAUUAAAAGUCAAAGAAGUGGACCAAAUGCAAAAACAGAGGCUUGAAUGGCUUGAUGCUGAAACUUCUAGAAGAACAAAGGAGCUGAAUGCACUGAAAACUGAAGAAAUGGAUCGACUCCAAAAAUUAAGUGUUUCUGCCACCCAGUUAGCGGACAAGGUAGAGGAGGCAGUUCUGGAACGUUUGAAACCCCUGUUGGUCAAGGCCCAGAGAGUUAAUUCUUCUGCGGAAGCAAAUACUCAUUUGAAGGAUCGUCCAUCAUUGAACACAGCAGCAGCCCAGCCUGCAGAGCAGGCUAUAGCUGUUAAUUCUGAAUCUAUCAAUGUUCAUCAGAUGGAUUACUUUUUGGAAGAUACUGCUCAUGAGCUCUGGGCUAUGAGUCAUGCUAAGAUCUUGGGUUCAGAAACCUUAGCCACCUUGAGAGACAGCAAGGACAGCCCAAAUCUGGAGACCAUGAUGCUCCGAAUGGAGGAGAUGGAAAAAUACCAGGAGAUAAUUCGCCAAAGAUAUAAUAAAAUUGUAUAUGCUGAUCCUCAUUUAUGGAUGCAGGAAGAAAGAAAUGGCCAGAAAAUUCCAACAUUAAGUGAAAGUCCUCUGUCUCCUCAUCCAAUCAGGAUCACAAAGACAGCAGCUCACAAGGAUCCAGCUGUGAACAUCUUGUUAGAAAGGCCCUGCAAUGGCAAUUCCUUGGAUGAAAGUGUGGGAACAGAGGAGAGAUCAGAGAAAAGAGAGGUUUCCCUUCCCUCCCUUGCAGAAGAUUCCCAACAGAGAGAAGGCCGAACUCCCCUCUUUGUCCCACCUGGUAUGCGGCACAGCAUUGGUGACUACUGUAGUCGUUUUGAACAGUACCUCCGGAUCAUAGCUCAUGAGGCCAUAGGCUCCUUCAACCCAUGGCUGAUAGCUGAAAGCUUUUCAGAAGAGCUGGUAGAUGAAGCUCUGGGGGCCGUGGCUGCAGAACUUCAGGAUGUGUGUGAAGACUACGCAGAAGCUGUGUUCACCUCAGAAUUCCUAGAGGCUGCUACAUAAAGGUUCUCAAGGCGAGGCCCCUUGUGUCACACUGGAGAAGAGACGGCACCACGCUUGUGUUUUAGACUACACAAAACCUUUAUCUUCAGCUGUACAUCCAGGCACAGAAGGUGCUGCCCACCACAGGGAAGGAGAUGCCAGUGAGCUCAGCCUCACUUCAUGUUCUCUCAUUGUCAUAGCAAUGGUUCUGGAAGUUUAUGAUGGAAUGUGUUAAAUUUAUCAGUGCUCAGGAAACAUGAAUUGAUUAUGACAAUAUAAUAUUUUCAGAAUGUAUAAUUUUCCUGUUGGGGUAUUAUGUUCAUUCGUCUGGCUCAUUUUGGUGAUCACAAUGUUUUGAAAGGUAAUGGAUAAAUAAAUAUGUUUCAUGCAGGGAUUCAAGCUGCUGUUGAACCCCCAGGUGUCAUCAGCGUUAGGGUUGAGUCCCAGCACCUGGCCCAUGUUUUUCAUCUUUGGCUGUGCCCUGACAAGACACCUGUCCCUCCUGGGUUACAGACUGACGUGGAGCACAGAGUUAGGUCAUGCUGCCAAACCUCCGCACUCGUGCAGCUAAAAAUGAGACCCCACCAGUGCACAGCAAUAAACACAACUGUCUUUAAGAUUCAAUCCCUAGGUCAUUUUUCACAUUUUCAGUCCCUCAAAGUCUUUUUAUUGCUGUGUUUUGACACAUUCUGGUAUAAAAAGCUUUCUCUGAAUUCAGAGGAAGUUUGAAGACAUCAGGAAAGGACCAGGUCUUCUCCUGUGACCGGUGAAGGUAUGGAACCCACUGUUUCUGAGAAGGUCAGAACUUUCUGUGUCCACACUGCAGAGCAACCCCAUGUGGGAGGAGGGGACAGAGCUGGAUAGUGUGAAGACCUCUGGGUUUCCCAAGAGUAAGGAAGACCUAUAAGAAACCCAACAGCUUGGUUGUCCAGCGUCUUGUAGGUCAUGGUACCCAGGGAAAAGCCUCUGUUAUUUUAGAAACUGAAUUCAGAAAAAGGAAAGACGUGUGCAUAAAAAUAAGGCCACUGCCUGGAAAAAACUUCCCUCAAUUAUUUGCCCGAGACCUGGUGAAAGAAAUGUGAAGAACAAGUGGGGUGAGCUACGCCCCAGGGUGUAAUGUGACUCCUGUUACAACAUGCUCAGGGCUGUCAUCUGGGAUCUGAAGUGCAAGUAUUUCAGGUGAUAAUUUAAGCUGCUCAAUCACACUUAUUUGUGCAAAAUUGAUUUUCAUUUAAUGUUAAUGUUUUCCUCAAUUUUAUGUAACUUCAGAAUGUAAAGAGCUUCAAGGGAAUUAUAGGUCUGUAAUCUGGAGAGUUAAAUGUGUGCACUUGAACGGAUGGGAGGACCUGUUAUUGGUAGUACAAAGUAAUUUGUGUGGCAAUUUUUACUGUGCUGAUUUUUUUAAAAAAUAAACUCAAUAUUUU